CAGCUCUCCCGGGUGCGGGAAGAGGCUGUGGGCUGCGAACUCCGCGCUGGAAUGAGGAGUCGUUGAGCCCUAGCCGCGGUAGCAGCUUCCCCUCCCGGUGUCCCUGCUGCAGCCUCUGGUGCCCAGUCCCUGGAUGCUCAGCCUACUCCUCGCCUCCCGGUGCAACAUCGCCUGCAGACACAGCCCCGCCGGCGGACUAGUUGCCCGGCGGGCGGGAGACUCGGAGGCAUUGGCUCCGUAACUUUUCACGUCAUUUUCUGCUCCUGAGCCCCUGGUCGCCUGUCCGCGCCUCCUCACGCCGCAGACCGCGGCGCCCAUGGGGCAGGGGCCGAGCCGCUUGCAGCACUGAGCCGACCCGGACUGGAGCCCGUGAUGUCCGGCACGAAACUGGAGGACUCCCCCCCUUGUCGCAACUGGUCAUCUGCUCCGGAGCUGAAUGCAACUCAAGAGCCCUUUUUAAACCCCACCGACUAUGACGACGAGGAAUUCCUGCGGUACCUGUGGAGGGAAUACCUCCACCCCAAAGAAUACGAGUGGGUCCUGAUCGCCGGCUACAUCAUCGUGUUCGUGGUGGCUCUCAUUGGGAACGUCCUGGUUUGUGUGGCCGUGUGGAAGAACCACCACAUGAGGACGGUGACCAAUUACUUCAUCGUCAACCUUUCUCUGGCUGACGUGCUCGUGACCAUCACCUGCCUUCCAGCCACUUUAGUAGUGGACAUCACUGAGACCUGGUUCUUUGGACAAUCCCUCUGUAAAGUGAUUCCUUAUUUACAGACCGUGUCAGUGUCUGUGUCUGUCCUCACACUGAGCUGCAUUGCCUUGGAUCGGUGGUAUGCGAUCUGUCACCCUUUGAUGUUUAAGAGCACAGCCAAGCGGGCCCGGAACAGCAUCGUCAUCAUCUGGAUCGUGUCCUGCAUCAUAAUGAUCCCUCAGGCCAUCGUCAUGGAGUGCAGCACCAUGCUCCCUGGCUUAGCCAAUAAAACCACUCUCUUUACAGUCUGUGAUGAGCACUGGGGCGGUGAAAUUUACCCCAAGAUGUAUCACAUCUGUUUCUUUCUGGUGACCUACAUGGCACCACUGUGUCUUAUGGUGUUGGCCUAUCUGCAAAUAUUUCGUAAACUCUGGUGCCGACAGAUUCCUGGAACAUCAUCUGUAGUUCAGAGAAAAUGGAAGGCCCUGCAGCCUCUUUCACAGCCUCGGGGGCCAGGACAGCAGACCAAAUCCAGGAUUAGCUCUGUGGCCGCUGAAAUAAAGCAGAUCCGAGCCAGACGGAAAACAGCCCGGAUGCUGAUGGUUGUGCUUUUGGUGUUUGCAAUUUGCUAUCUACCAAUUAGCAUCCUCAAUGUGCUAAAGAGAGUAUUUGGGAUGUUUACCCACACGGAAGACAGAGAGACUGUAUAUGCCUGGUUUACCUUUUCACACUGGCUUGUAUAUGCCAAUAGUGCUGCGAACCCAAUUAUUUAUAAUUUUCUCAGUGGAAAAUUUCGAGAGGAAUUUAAAGCUGCAUUUUCUUGCUGUUGCCUUGGAGUUCAUCACCGCCAGGAGGAUCCGCUGGCCCGGGGACGGACGAGCACUGAGAGCCGAAAGUCCCUGACCACCCAGAUCAGCAACAUUGAUAACAUAUCAAAACUGUCCGAGCAGGUCGUGCUCACGAGCGUUAGCACACUCCCAGCGGCCAACGGUGCGGGGCCACUCCAAAACUGGUAGAAGAUUGAUGCCUAGGACAGGGAUGCCUGAGUACCACUCUCCUUUUUUUAAAUCUCUGUACACAGAAAUUUUAUUACUUUGUGGACCCAUUUUUUUUUUAAAAAGAAAAUGAUCUCUUGCUCUUUGGAAAUAAAGUCAGUUUAAAAUCAUUUCUUAACUUUUGAUUGAGAUAUGUUAGAAGUUGAAACUUCCACUGAACUUAUUUUCAGGCUGUUUCACUUUUAGCUUCGUGUAUUAGGAUUUGUGUCAAUUAAAUGUACGAGCAUUUCCAAUUC